AUGGAUCCUCAAAUCUUAGAAAGAUAUUCAACAAUAAGUACACUCAGAGAUUUGUAUUUAAAAGUUAUAGAAUGCUUAAAUUAUAUCAAUAGAUCUAUAUACGGUUUAUCGAGCAUAGUUGUCUUGUCGUGUGCAAAUGUUGUUCAAAUUAUUGGCAUACUGUACCGUAGUAUACUUUUUCCUGAAGGAAAUGUUAAUGAUGAUUAUUUUGUACUUGUUUUAAUAGAAUUAUCAAUAAAAAUAGUCAAUGUUAUACUAUUAUACGAGAUUGAAAAUAUCACGGGAAAAGAGAUAAAUCAAAUGAGUCUUGUGUUACAUCAACGGUCCGUAAUAGAAAGAAACCCUAGAAUUAAACGCCAGAUCAAAUUGUUUAUACUUCGAAGAUUUCACGAGCACUAUCAUUUUGAGUUGUAUGGAAUAUGUCAGAUUAAUUUAAGACAACUACUUAUUUUAUCAAACAAAGUUUGCGCUUACUUAUUUAUUCAAAUUCUAUUAAAAUUGAAUAAAUAA